AUGCUCAAGGGAAAGAAUAUGCAGAUUCACGGACAGUCUGUCUUCGACGUAUUCGCCAAACCAGUAAUUUCCGCUGACCCAACAAGCGUACGCUACGACGGAUUCGCCACAUUUAUCCAAGGGGAUUCAAAGUUCACGUACAUGGUCGUUGACGGCUCCGCAUACGUCGUGGAGAGCACGGGAGAUGACACCACGUCCGUCGCCACACGAACCGUGAGAUGUCUGUCUUCAAUCACACCGUUCGACUCCAUCGUUGAUACGCUCAACAAUCUCAAGACCGUAUCGACCGAGACUGGCGGUGACGACAGUGAAGUGGGCUGCAACAAAGGAAGCUUAUACGAGACGUCAUUUGGUGGCAAGCAUUUCAUGGUAUGCGCGCCUGGAGCUGACGGAUUCAUCGCGUACGGAGGGGAUAUUUGUAACGGAGUUACCUCCGUUUACGAUUCUAGACCUGAUAAAGUCCCUCUCUUUUAUUAA